GAGCUGGAGGACACCAACAAGUGGGGGCUCAACAUCUUUAAAGUCGCUGAGUACUCGGGCAACCGCCCGCUGACGGUCAUCAUGUACAGCAUCUUCCAGGAGCGCGACCUGAUGAAGACCUUCCGCAUCCCCGUCAACACCUUCAUCACCUACAUGCUGACCCUGGAGGACCACUACCACGCCGACGUGGCUUACCACAACAACAUCCACGCCGCCGACGUGGCUCAGUCCACCCACGUCCUCCUCUCCACGCCCGCGCUGGAGGCUGUCUUCACGGACCUGGAGAUCAUGGCUGCCAUCUUUGCCAGCGCCAUCCAUGAUGUUGACCAUCCUGGUGUCUCAAACCAGUUCCUCAUCAACACCAACUCGGAGCUGGCGCUGAUGUACAACGACGCCUCGGUGCUGGAGAACCACCACCUGGCCGUGGGCUUCAAGCUUCUCCAGGAGGAGAACUGCGACAUCUUCCAAAACCUGAGCAAGAAGCAGAGGCAGUCACUCCGCAAAAUGGUCAUCGACAUGGUGCUGGCCACGGACAUGUCCAAGCACAUGAAUCUGCUGGCGGAUUUGAAAACCAUGGUGGAAACCAAGAAGGUGACCAGCCUGGGGGUGCUGCUGCUGGACAACUACUCUGACCGGAUCCAGGUCCUGCAGAACAUGGUGCACUGCGCCGACCUCAGGACCGACCGCAUCAUGGUGGAGUUCUUCUGCCAAGGCGACCGGGAGCGGGAGAAGGGGAUGGAGAUCAGCCCCAUGUGCGACAAGCACACUGCCUCCGUGGAGAAGUCCCAGGUGGGCUUCAUAGACUUCAUCGCCCACCCGCUGUGGGAGACGUGGGCCGACCUGGUGCACCCUGACGCCCAAGAGAUCCUGGACACGCUGGAGGACAACCGGGAAUGGUACCAGAGCAUGAUCCCGC